UGACUGUGUGAACCACAUGCCUCUUGACAAGGUUCUUAGGCAAAAGCCACCCAAUCCAUUCUCUCAUGGGCUGCCUAAGAGUGUGAGCUAUUAGAAAUCUUGUCAGCUAGCUCUCUUUCCCACCAGAAUUCAACUGUCUUCAGUCCUGAUAAGGAUAGAAGUAUGGAUAAGGAAGAUUGAAGCUUUUCUGCAGGAACCAGGAAACCAUUUUCAUCAGCAUUAUGCUUUCCCAUGUCAAGCUUUCUUGUGGCCGAAGAGAAGAGGUAAACUAUCCAUAACAAACUUCAGGGUAUCUAGAAGAAAAACAAAAUGCUGGCCUAUUCCUGAUUUCAGGAGGCAAGAGAAGUUUCUUUCUUGGAUUUUCAUUAAGAAAACACUGCAUUUGCAGAGGCCGGCAUUCAACAAUGUUCCCAGGAUCGUACAGUAAAACCUAGCGACUUCGUGUUGUGAUGCCAUUUCAUAUCAUGUUCCUCAAGGCUAGCCAAGGUUGUCAUGCCUUGGCUUUGCUCAGUGAAAGGUCAGUAGGCUGAGUUGUAGGUUUAUGGGUUUAAUCCAGAAAUAGCUUCAAGAGGACCUAAAGGAACACAUGGCCAAUGAAAACAGCAAUGUGAUCUUGUUCCUGGACACAUUUCCACAAGGUUGAAGAAAUAUGGGCACCAACAUCAAUCUGUCCCUCAGCACUACUUUUACCAGCUUUAUCAUCUCUCAGAUUCUUUUCCACUUUGUAAGUCCUUGGUUUUCAGUAAAAGUUUCUCCAGGUGUUCAUAGUCUCAGCUUCGAAAAGAAGAUCGAAUGGAACUCAAGGAUAGUAUCUACAUGCCAUUCUUUGGUUGUUGGGAUUUUGGGCUUGUACAUUUUCUUAUUUGAUGAGGCCACAAUAGCUGAUCCACUUUGGGGCUAUUCAGCCAUUGGGAUCAUGAAUAUUGGUAUUGCUUCAGGCUACCUCAUUUCUGAUUUGUUGAUUAUCAUUUUGUAUUGGAAAGUGAUUGGUGACAAAUCUUUUAUAAUUCACCAUUGUGCAGCGAUAUACGCAUACUUCUUUGUACUGGUUUAUGGAGUGCUGAUAUACAUUGCAAAUUUUCGCCUGCUCGCAGAGCUUUCCAGCCCUUUUGUGAAUCAGCGGUGGUUUUUUGAAACUCUGAAGUAUCCUAAGUUUUCCAAAGCCAACGUUAUCAAUGGAGUACUCAUGACUGUGGUCUUCUCCAUCGUGCGGAUUGCUGCCAUACCUCCUUUUUAUGGCUUCAUGUGUUCUGUGUACGGAACAGAACCCUACCUAAGGCUUGGAUUUUUAAUCCAGUUUACCUGGAUCUCUACUUGCGUUGUUUUGGAUGUGUUGAAUGUCAUGUGGAUGAUCAAAAUUUCAAAAGGAUGCAUCAAAGUCAUCUCUCUCAUCAGACAAGAGAAAGCUAAAAAGAGCCUUCAGAAUGGAAAACUUGAAUAAAGAUAUGCUAUUGAUAAGCAAACUUCAUUACUACCUGGCACUGUAUCUGCUGAUAGGAUGAAUUCUUGGCAUGUUCUUGUGCUUCACUAAGUAUAAUUGUUAUUCAGGUUUCAAUGUUCUUUUCUUUUUUUCUUUCUUUUUUUUUUUUUUUUAAAGAAACUAACAUUUAAUUUUCAUUCCAGGAUUUCUUUUCUGCUUUACUUCUACAUUAUAAGCAUGGAUAAAAUCAUAAAGGUUUAAAUAAAAUAUUAUAAAAAUUGUGAUGAAUCUUUUCAGAGAUCUCUUAACUUGCAUUGGUAUUUUUCUCCAUGGAAAGAUGACUGUGAUAAUUUGGUGCACUUAGUUUUAUGUCACCAAUUUUGCCGAAAGAAUGGGAACUAUUAAAUCUGUAAAUAGCUCUCAGAAUUUUGUUUUAUUGCACUCUUUUCUUAAUAUGACUGUCAAUACCUGUAUAGAGUUUAAUUUGUAAAUUGUUGACAUGUUCUUUUUCUUAGACAAUUAGAAGUAAUAUACUUUUUAUCUCAGAUAUGCAAUCACCUAUUAAUGAUGAAAUAUUUUACCACGUUGGAAAUAUUUCAUUAGUUUAGUCAUAAAAAUACAUUCUACAUUUUAAAAUUUUUCAGCUGUCAUUUUCUUGUUUCUGUUUUUAGCAUUUUAUCCAAUUAUUGCCUUUUUAUUUUAUAGUAAGGCUUAUGACAGAUCUUACAGACCUUAAGAGAUGAAUUUCUUCUUCUAAAAAUGCAUGUUGAUAGAUGACAAUUUAGGCUAAUAGGAGGAAUCAUUAAGAAAAAAGCUUUAAUACUACUGUCCAAUCUGCUUCCUUUGCACUUUUCUUAUGAAAAAUAUAUGAUUUCUUUUUGCAGAAUCUCCCGAGUUCAGAACCCAAUAUCAUCAGUACCAAAGUCUUAUGCAAUAUGUAUUUAUCAUGCUCCUAAAAUAGGCCUCUUCCUAAUGAGUCCAAAACUACAAAAAAAAUCAGUAUUCAUAUUUUAUUCACAGUUUAUACCCAUGCUUGCCUAGUCAGCAUUUUCAGUGCUUUGAAUUUCUACCUUUCUUAAAGGAUAGGAAGAAAAUAAGCUAAUUUAAUCCAAGGAUUCUGAUUCUCAAAAUUACUGUCUUAUUAUGUAAAGAUAAAUGACGGAUGACUAUGGAUGUGUGUGUGUGUGUAUGUGUAUGUAUUUGCUUUUAUUUUUGCUCUAGCACUGCAAAUAUAGAAUUAUAUUUUUAGCUAUUCUUGCCUUUAUUUAUUUUUUCUCAUGUAUUUUAAUGAUGGUUCUUAUGAAAGGAAAAAAGAAAUUUAAUUCAGCCAGUGGUGAAUACUUGAAGUUAAUUAAACCCAAACCAAAAGAUCUAAUCCAUUCAGUUUCUCAGUUUGAAGGAGAAUAUUUGUCUCACUUUCAUUAAUCAUGUUAUAAGGAUGAAGGGAGGCUAGCUGAAUAUAAUCCAGACUUUUGUUUAUUUUGAUUUGAUUUGAUUUGAUUGUCCAAUGCAGAUAGAGCCUGGUAGGUUUUAUAAAGAAAGGAAUUAAAUUCUUGGCCAAUAACUAAAUAAUAGUUUCUUAUGAGCUUGAUUGGCUUUGCUAAGAAUAUUUAUUUUUGAAAGACUUAAAGUAAUAUAAAAUAUAAGCAUUUGUUUUUAAAGCAACCAGUGUAACAUUAACACAUCUGUUACUACAUGUAGUGCUGUCCACAUUAUAGGAACCUAAAUAUGUUUUGGUUGUCUAGAGGGGUUAGGAAAGCAAGUUUUUGCUCUUUUGCAAAAUCAAGUGGCUUUUUUAAAAAAGGAAAACAUUUAUAUUAAAAAACUAUUUUGGAAAUUCGUUUCUUUAGAAAGAAACCUAGAAAUAAAUAUUUUUGAGUCUUUGGAUAUUUCUAAAAUUCUGAACACAGAUUUUAAACCCAUCAUUGAAAUAAAGACAAUAUAAAGCUGUACUGUUAUUGAGUUUCCAUGUAGUAGUUUCAGUUUUUAUACUUGCUGUUUCAUGCUUCACAUUUCAUUUCACUUUCAUUGACAUUGCAUUUCAUUGGUAUCGCCACUCACCAAGUACUAGACUCUAUUUAAAAUAUCAAGGUUUUCAACUAAGACUUGUUACUCUGUUAUUCCUUUAGUCAGCAAUCCUUAUCUUAUUCUGACAGGAUGACAAUUAAUUCAACCUUCAGAUUCAGGAUCCAAAGUAGGUUCCAUAUAUUUCCUCACAUAUAGACUUGACAUGGAAAUUCCAUUACUAACUGCCAUGCUAUUUCAAGUCAGCUCCUUAUAGGAGCUGUGCUUUGCUAUUCAGAUUAUAUCCUCCUACCUAGAAUGUAGACAAACAGAACAUAUCAUUUGUUAAACGAUGACUUUUUCAUUUAUUAAAUGACAGACUUUUGCUAAACAUUUUAGAUAUUAAGUAUUUUGACUACAUGGAUUAAUUGAAAUGAUUCUAUUAGACAUUCUGAUAUUUAACACCUUAAAAUAUUUAUAAAAAAUAAAAGCAAAUUGGUAUAAAUUUUUAAGCAAUUCUAUUUUUGUAGAAAAGAUGAGUGACAACCUAUAAUUAUAAAGAUGUUCUUCGAAUGUGUAGUAUUCUAGAAAAUAAAAGUUCUAAUGAAACUUAAAAAUGAGUAAAAAUGAACUAAUACCUUGCAAGAUCUUAGAUCCUGUAUUAGGUGUUUUAUUUUUGAGAACUUAAAGAUUAUGAGCUUGAGUUUAUAGUUUACAUUCUUGCAUCUAAAAUCUUACUAAGGAUGCUCUCCAUGUAUUUAAAACUCAAAAUGGAGUUAUAUAUGAGUGCAAGAAAAAUUAACUCCUGUUUAAAUUACGUUUUAAUACCCUGUAAUAAGUUGAAAUUGAAUUUUUAUUUCACCUGUUUGCUUUUAUUUCCUGAACUAGUCCUAUAUUGAGAAAAGUAAGUUAUUGGUCAUUACCAUCCCUGACGGUGUGACUGAUAUAAUAUGAUGACCUAGUACCUAGUCUUGAAUGUCUCAUUUUUAAAACUGCUUAGCUUAUAGGUAUUCAGAUAAAAUUUUCUUAAUUUGAGUAAUUUAUUUGGCUCAAUUUUUGCAGACCUGUUUUUAAAUUGUUUACUUUCUGUGAGGUGCAUUGGGCAUUUGGAGAAUGAUUCUUCACUGUUGUGAAGAGCCAGCUUACUGUUACAUACACCAUUUAUUAUCAUGCAUUUAGAAAGAUUCUUCUCAGAGAUACAGAAGGGAGAGUACGAUUAUUUCUUCCAUUUUAUUUUAAGGGAAACAAAUACGUUCCAAAAGAUCUUAUUAAAAUAAAUAUUGGAACAAAAUUCUGUUUCUAAGAUGCUCUUAACUCCAAAUAUGUAAAUAUGUAUUUGAAUUGGCUUUAAGCGGUUUGGUUUAGUGGAUGAAAUUGAAAAGUUGACAUACUUUUUGACAUUAUUGAUAAUACUUCCUAGAAAGUUAUAUCAAUAUUUUAUGCAUUUUGGAUUCCAUAAGAAACAAAGUUGUAUAAUCUUAUCAGAAGAGUGGCAUAGUGUUUCUCAGCAGGUAUGACCCUUGUGUCUCUAGACUCUGGGCACAAACACACCUUCCCGGCCUUAACCACAGUUUGUUGAUGACAAACACACUUAAACGGCUGAAAGUGAGCUCUAAUGCAAAGUAGUGUGUGUAGGAACUACAAAAAGCCAGCAGGACCCCGAGUUGGAGGAGACAUGCACACUGCUUUUUUCUUAAAAACCACCAUAGUCCUCCCUUCAUCUAUAAAUUUUCCCUCUGACUCCUUCCAUAUCUUCUAUCACCUCCUCCUAAUUCCCCAAAUAAUUCAUCACACAUCCUGUCCAUUGCCAGCACCUUUCUACAUCAACUUUUGAGACCUCCCCAUACAUCUCUAAGCUUCCCGGUCUUUGUGGCAAGUUUAAAAGUUGACAAAUAGGUCCAUCAUUGAAAAACAUUGUAGUAAGUUGAAGUAGAGAUCAGACAAAACAGAAUUUAUUAAGAGGCUACGGGAAGCUGUUCAGUAUGUAAUAAUACCUGUUUACGGCACAAGACAAAGCUAAUAAUGUUCUUGUUUUAUUAAGGAACAUCUGUAAUCUCUCUUUUCCUUAAACUGGUUUGGCAAUAAGAGCUUUGUAACAUGCUUCAGCUGGGCAUCAAUUGUAGGUGUGUAAAUGAUCUAAAUGUUCUUAAACUAUGGCAGGAGAGGGGAGGAACUGAGGUAACUCUGUUAUAAGGAGGGUGCUGACCUGUGGCGGAAUUUUUAUAGAGUCCUGCCCUUUAAUAGAGCAGACUUUGUGAUGGUAGUGUUUCUUUAAAAACAGGCUCACCAGCAAACGAAUUACUCUGUGUUUAUCGAAAUACCACAUCCAAGGACUGGAGCCCCACCCCUUUCUAGCCCAUAAUCAAACAGCCUCUAAUUGUUUUAGUAAUGAAUCAGUCAAACCUUUAUUGGAAGAGACUUUGGAUAGCUGUGAGGAAUUGAAGGCAGCUCCCUAACAGAUCAGUUUGUUUGCAAUGAAAAUGUUUACACUUAAUUCACUCUGAAUAGUAGAAAGUUUUGAUAUCCAGCCCUAUUCAUAAGACCAAAACCAAUGAGAAAUAUUUCUAAAUCUCGAAGAUUUGUUAAGUACAGUACCUCUGGCUAAAAACUUGUUAAAAAUCAUCUGUACAUUUUUUUCUUAAGAUCUUUAUGUAAUUCUUUCUGUAAUUAAGUGUGCAGUAGAGUUAUUUGCUACUUCUUGGUUAAUGAAGCCUAAAAACCAGUUACAUUAAAAUACGCUAUAUAUUUUUCGGUUCUUGCUUGGUUUGUUUCUGGUAUGAUUCUAUCUACUUUUGACUUAAGGAAUUUUUGUGUUGAUAACACUCUCACUAACUUGUAACUAGGAUAAGUAUAAGAUUCUUUGGCAAUGACUAGAAUUUGUAAUGAUAAUGACUUUAAGACAUAGAUUUUAUUUGAAGAAGAUACUUGAAGUCUGCAGUAACAUGAGAUAGCUGUAGUGAUAAUAUAUAUAAUUUUUUCAGACUAUGUAAUAUAUAAUAUUUGAUUGUCAUAAAGAUUUUUGAAAGUCUUUCAAAAUAUACUUAAAAACAUUUUAAGAACCUACUUUCUAACUUAUUUCCUUAAGGCUGGUGAUCUUUUGUUUUAUUACAAAAUGUAAGACUAAAUAAUUUAUAAAUCAGUGUUACUAAGACUUAUCAGUAAUUAAAAUGGCAAUUUAAUGUUCUUUGUUUUGAUUUCUAAUUGUGCUUUAUUUGGAGGGAUAAUGAAUGCCUUUAGGUAUUUCCAUUAAAAUUUUGAAAUGUUUGUAUACUUUAUUUGUGUGCCAUUUUAAGGAAUAUGCAAGUUCUAAGCAAUAAUCUGCAUGAUAUACAAGGUCGGCAUACUUUGUCAUGACAGUUUGUUUAGUGUUAAUUUUAAGAAUGAUAGAAUCAUCAUUCUAUAACUCACCCUACCCCAUGAAAUCCUUGAGAUUUUCUUGUGCUAGAACACUACGAUAAUGUGGUGCAAAGCUUUGUAUUUUGUGAAGAAAAUGAAUAAAAUCACAUUUAAUGCAAAA